CUCUCUGUAACUGAUUUUACUGGUAACUUAUAUAUGUGACGUGGUUUCCUGCUGGAGCGAAAACGAGGUUUGGAUGAGGUCAAGUGUUACUCUCCUCCUCCAUCAGACACUCUCUACUCCUCAUGGCGCAACUGCCCUCCUGUCUGCUUAUAGCUCAUGAAUUCGAACACAAAGCUGUAGUACAAGAUUGGUCUAACAGCUUUAAGAAUGGCAAAUUAUUGGCAUCCUUGAAAAGACAUUGGAAAACCUUUGUACCUGUCAUAUAUGCUCCUGGCCAGGAAAGUGCUAAAGAAGAGAGGCUCUCUCACAAGUUAAUAUUUCAUCCGUUGGAAACGUUUCUUUGUGGUGGAGAUCCAGAAACAGAGUUUAAACAGUUAAAAGAAAAAGAUGCCCCAUCGCAAAUCUGUGGACAUGUUUUCAAACAUGGUGAGCCAAGUUAUUCUUGCAGGGACUGCGCAAAUGAUCUCACUUGCGUCCUGUGUAUCAAUUGCUUCCAACAAAGUGUUCAUAAGAAACACCGCUAUCGGAUGAGUAUUUCCAGUGGCGGAGGUUACUGUGAUUGUGGUGAUGUUGAAGCUUGGAAGUCUGGUCCUCACUGUGAAACUCAUGGCAAAGGAACUUCUUUAGACGAAGUAAAGGAUCGCCUUGCUUCUCUUCCUGAUGAACUAAUAGCCCGUGCCAGCGAUCUCUUCAUUUCUGUGCUACAGUAUGCUAUAGAUAUGAUGACUUGGGAGAGCUACGACAGUCUACCCUUUGAUCUCAGACCUGAUGGCGAGCCUGAUGAUUUGUUUGUCACCAUUCUCUUUAAUGAUGAGUUGCACACAUUCGACCAAGUGAUCAAUACACUUCAAAAAGCAGUUGACUGCUCAGCAAAACAAGCAGCAGACUUUUCUACAACUGUUGACCGAGAAGGAAGAAGUGGUAUAAAAACUGGAGGUUUCAACGUUUGUGAUAAAGCAAGAAAACAAAUUGAACAAAUGUCAUCUCGAGGGAGCUCCAAGCCUCUCAAGGUUCAGGUUAUGCAUACAACUGUUGUUUCCCAUCAGAAGUUUGCGCUAAAAUCUAUUCAAUGGUUGCAGUAUAUAAUUUCUAAAUCAGAUGGGCUGCGAUAUUUAUUUUGUAAGUUAGCCAUGCAGCCUGCUGAAGGUGGUUCACUGAUGGAGCGUCUGAUUCUGGCCGAUACCAAGCUGUGGAAAAUUGCCAGAAUACAAAGUCAUCAGCUAUUGAUGAGUGGGGUUCUGAGGGAUCAGGAAUGUAAACGUCAGUUUGGAGUGAUGUUUACUGAGCACUAUGCUCAACUUAUGCAGAACUUUAUCAAGGAUGAUCAUUUACGAUCGGUUUCCAUUAUCUCUGAUUCCCUUCAGAUUUUCACAGCUCCUAAGGUGGCUCGUUUCCUGAUCACAGAACACAACCUGUUGGGAGUGAUAUUGCAGACCUUCUUAAAACAAUGUGAAAGUAAAAAGAAUAAGAGAGGAAAAUUAUCAUUUGGAAGAAGUGAAAAUGGCAACUCGUUUAAGAGAGCUUGGUUUAUACUAUAUGAUCUAAAAUAUGCAUUGCUGUGUAAACCAAGUGCUGAAGAGUGGACAGACCAAUUGAAGAAAAGCUUCUGCAAUGGCUUUAAUGCAUUGCUUGAUCUUUUGAUAAGCAUACAAGGAAUGGAUUCUGUCACCCGUAAAACUGGUCAACAUUUAGAAAUAGAACCAGAAUGGGAAAGUGCAUUUAAUCUUCAACUUCGUUUACAAGAUAACAUUGCUUUGUUUUUGGACUGGUGCGGCAGUAAUGCUUCAGUUUUUAGUGACUGUUUUAGAUCUACUCUUUGUACCCUUUACCAAUGUAGAGAUAAACUGGAUGCCCAUAAAAUGGAAGAUUGUGAUGUUGCAGGAAUUGUAGCCCAGUGUAUAAAAUAUGAUGUUGCUAGCCAGCCUGUCAGUAUCCAUUUACCAGUUAUUCGCCUCUUUGCCGGGCUUUAUCUACAUAUGGACAAAUUUGGUAUAUGUUCUCCAGAGAUGAUUUCACAGUUUGAAAUGAGUCCUGUUGACUUGAUAGAACCGCCACUGCGAACUCAAGUUAUGAUAGCUCAAAAUUAUGCUGGAAUGUGGAGAAGAAAUGGUUUCUCCCUUCUUAAUCAGAUCUUCUUUUAUAACAAUGUAAGAUGCCGUGUAGAAAUGUAUGAUAAAGAUAUUGUUAUGUUACAGAUUGGUGCUUCUCUUUUAAAUCCUGAUGAGUUUCUCAUUCACUUGUUGAACAAAUAUGGUUUACUUGCUUGGGUCAAGUCUACUUACGAUGAUCCAGGUGGCCAAGAAGAUUCUGUCAGACAAACCAGUGUGCUUGCUGAGGAGUUUCUGAACCUUUUAAUUAUAAUUUUAGGUGAACGUUACACAGUCGGUGUGGGUCAAGUAACCCACAAAGAUGUUGUCAAGAGGGAAAUUAUCCACCAGUUGUGCAUUACUCCAAUGGCACACAGUGAACUUGUAAAAGCCCUACCCGAAGAUUGGAACCAUGAGACUGGAAUUGAACUUGUGGUGAAUGAAGUUGCAAAUUUUAAGAAAAGUCAAGUUGGAGGCAAAGGACACUAUGAGCUAAAACCAGAGUAUUGUGAGCAAUACAAUCCCUAUUUCUAUCACUAUAGCAGGUCAGAGCAAUCUAAAUCUGAAGAAAGCCAAAUGAAGAAAAAGAAGCAAGCCGGAGAAGAUCGAGCUCUGCCACCACCAGCCCCUCCUCGGUUCUGUAAAUUAUUCGCUGGAGUACGGAAUGUAUUGAGUUGUGAUGUAAUGAUCCAUAUAAUGACAAUUGUACUGUCUCGAACAGCUGCUGAACGCUCCAGAUCAUGGUCCGAGACUCAAUUUGAAAGGGUAAUGCAUCUAAUUGGACUGGCUCUCCAUGAACAGAAGGCAGCCUAUGAAAACAACGAGCCUUUUGAGUUUCUUGCGAAAGCUACAAAAGAUGGUCAGAAUAUUCUCAAGUUAUUACAUAGUGUUGUUGGCAGUGAGAAUCUUACUCAUGAAUAUCAGAGCAAGCUCCUCAAAUGGGUUCUUAAUAAAUUUUCUGCUGUGAGGAAAAUGGAGAAUGAAUUUGAAAGUAUUUCCAGUAUAAACAAUCUGAGCAGUACUUACGAUGUUAAAAGAGAGCAGGAGAAGAAGAAGAAGGCCGAGUUGGCGGCUAAACGGCGGCAACGGAUUAUGUCACAGCUGUCUGCAAUGCAACGAAGCUUUAUUCAAGACAAUCCUACUCUCUGUGAGAUGGCCACAUCCGGCCUGACCUCAGCUUGGUCAGACAUGGAUUUGAGUGUUUUUUGUUCUUCCAGUGAACUUACAUCUACUCCUUUCCCUGUUGCAUUGGGUUGUGGACAAACUAGCACCAACAAUGUAGUCCCCAUUAAAGCUGUGUGUAUUCUGUGUCAAGAAGACCAAGAGAUUUCUUACAAUGCACGUGUAAUGGUUCUUUCAGCCCUUGUACAAAGGUCUUCUGUUUUAUCUCAAUCAAGAGGCAAACACAUAAACAACGAAGAUGAAGAUCCCUUAUUUAUGUCUUCAGACCUUUUUUGUGGAACUCACACCAGCUCUUGUGGUCAUGUGAUGCAUGCUGACUGUUGGCAAAGAUAUUUUGAUGCCAUCGCAGCAAAAGAACGUCGCAGACCCUUCAGAUACCGAAAUACCUGUAGUUACAACAUUGAAAAGUUAGAAUUUUUGUGUCCCCUAUGUGGAGCAAUUAGCAAUACUGUGAUUCCUAUGUUACCACCGUUGAGCACAUUAAGGACAGUUGCUACAGGAUGUGACAUUGACCAACAGAAGGCAGUGGAUCUCAGCUUCAAUGAUUGGUUAGAUGGCAUCCAGAAAACUGUGCAAGCCAGUGUCAAAGCUGCUGUUGAUAAAGAGUCUGAAGAUGAGAGCUUACUGUUCCAACCCUGUCCUAUUUCCACGAUAACAAAACUAAUGGCUGAAAGUGUUGCCAAGAACUUCACUCUGUUAUGGAACUAUGUUUAUGAUGACAAUAGUGGCCACUUUUCAGAGAGUAUGAGGGAAAUGAUGAAAAAGUUUGCUACAGAUGUAUAUACUUUUGGAUUAGCAAAGGAGCCUGAUGGUGAGAAUCCUUGUGUUCCUAUCAUGGUUUGGAAUACCUGUGCCUACACAAUUCAAGUAAUAGAACAAAGCUUGCAACACAACAACAAGCCGUUGUUUGGUUCGUUACCCAGUCGUCGUUCUGACUGUUUAGUUGCACUAGUGAAGUUUGCUGCGGUUUGUAGCCAGGUGAUGUCUGCAGACACAGUCAAGCAACAUUGCAUACGAUUGUUAACAGCAUUAAUUCCUGAUGGUUUGGAGAAAAAACAUGAACCACCCUGCAUUCUUGACUUAGAUAUGUUUCACUACUUAACUGUGUUGGUAAUGUCGUUGCCAACUCUCUAUGCUGAGGGGCAAACUUCACUGCUUACUACGUUCCCCACAGGCAGCCUCAAUGAUCAGCAUGCCCUGCAAUUGGUUCUCACUGCUCACUUGGUUCAGAUUCUCCUUGUCUAUGAACCAGAGUCACAAGAUAUGAUGGAAAUGGAAUGCGAUACUGAUGAUGACGGUUUGGUGACAAUCUACAAGAAACUAAGGGAGAAGGCUGGAUUGAGUUGUGAUGCGUGUGAAGUAUGUCCUUGGACACUCGCCACUCAUCUCAAACAAGCCUGUCUGCCUUUCUUGCGAUGUGCCGCACUUAUGUAUCAUUGCAUUACAGGAGUUUCCACACCUCCUGAGCUUCAAGAGAACUCCAGCAACCAGUUUGAAUAUAUUUGUCGAUUUCUAGCCCUCCCUACAAAAUUGACUACAUUAUUUGAAAAUCAAGGAGAUAUUAUUUCUGAACUCAUGGCUAGGUGGUGCAGCCAUCCAUCCAUCAAAGACCACUUCACAGCAAGUAACCAGAAGAUUAUUAGAUAUCCUUUACCGCUGAAUCAUUUGGUCAAGUUACCUAAAGAUUACAGUGAACUAAUGAAUCAAGUUUCAAGUUACACCUGUCCCCGGUCAUCUGGAGAUGAGAGCCGUGUACCAACAAUGUGCCUUGUCUGUGGUCAAGUCCUCUGUUCCCAUAGCUACUGUUGUCAAGUAGAAGUGGACAAAAAAUUAGUUGGUGCAGCAACUGCACACUCACAUGUUUGCGGUGCUGGUAUUGGGAUAUUCCUCAGAAUACGUGAUUGUCAGAUAUUUUUGCUAGCUGGCCAGAACAAAGGCUGUUUUCAAACAGCUCCCUACCUUGAUGAUUAUGGGGAAACUGAUCAGCUGCUAAAGAGAGGCAAUCCCCUCUGUCUCAGCGAAGAACACUACAAGCAGUUGCACCGCCUUUGGUUCCAGCAUGAAAUUCCAGAAACUAUUGUCCACAAUCUUGAGUCCAAUAACAGCCAGGUCAGCUAUGAAUGGUGGAAUUUGUAAUUGAAUUUGCUUGAAGCCAGCUGUGACCUGUUUAUGGCUACUGUAACGAAGAGCUGGUUCGCAAUUUCUCCGCACCACUGGAACGACCUGCCAGACCUUGUCCAUUUGAUGUAACUCCUACUCUGCACACCUGUCAGAUGUCAGCCAGCAGCUAUCUCAGGACAAAUCAACCUACCUACAGUUUUUCUUUUCCUUUUUUUUUUUUUUUUUUAUCAUUUCUUUUUUUUUUUUUUGUGUUUCUUUUGACGGUCUUUAUGAUUUAGUGACAUAGUACGAAAGUCAUCCUUCCCUCUCCGAAAAAGAAGGAGAAAAAAAAGGCAACCAUAUGUUGUAUUUAUUUAUUUGUUUGUGGAGCAUAUUGCAUUUGUAAUACUUAAAAAAAAGAGUGUGAAAUGUUUGGAAGGAUAACUUAUGCUGACACCAUCAGGAAACCAAUUUGUUCUUUCUUCCCCCCACCCCCAUUUCCAUACUGCAGUGUGUGUGUGUGUGUCUGCAUGUGUGUGCGUGUGUAUGUAUGGGGGGGUGGGGUGUUCUGGCAAUAUAAAAAAAAAACUCUUCAUAUUUGCUAUUACCAUCAAGAAAAUGCUUGAUA